AUGAGCAAGUACAUCAACUACUUUACAUGGGACUCCAUGAGCCAGCUCAGCUAUUCCAAGUCUAUUGGUAUGUUAGCAGCGGGAAAUGAUCGCUUUGGAAUCAUGGAAGUAUCUACCAAGUCUCUGGACUAUUUUGCAUCGUUGGAUUUACUUCUAGAUAAAAACCCUAUUCACCGUUUGGGGCCUCCUAGUUUUGGGUGGUCCGUGCAAUUCAGCGCAGAGCAGUAUCAAAAGCGCUGUGCCGAGGGGAAACAAGCUCAGAAUGGCUUCGAGGAUUUUCUAGAUCGGUACAUUGAGGCCAAGAGCAAGGUUCCGGACAUCGUAGACGACAAUGUCGCCGAGAUGUACCUGAUCACCAAUCUAGUAGCGGGUAGCGAGACGGUAGCAAGUACCAUUUGCGCGGCAGUCUAUUAUGUGCUGAAAGACAGAGCUGUGUACAACCGUCUGCAGGAAGAGCUUCGUGGAGCUAAUCUAUCUGCACCUCCCCAGUGGAAGGAGGUUCGGAGUCUCCCUUAUCUCGACGCUGUCAUGCGGGAAGCUAUGCGUGUCCAUCCAGGUGUUGGUCUCUUGCUCGAGAGAAUUGUUCCAAAGGGUGGAUUUACGCUACCUGACGGUCGCUUUGUCCCAGAGGGCACCACUGUGGGCAUGAAUCCCUGGGUCAUGAAUCGUGACAGUACCAUUUUCGGGUCUGAGCCUGAUUCAUUCAUGCCUGAGCGGUGGCUUCCGGCCGAGGGCGAAAUUGACGAGGCGUACCAGACUAGAUCCUCGAAGAUGAAAAGUACAGACUUUACCUUUGGUGCAGGACCCCAAGUAUGUCUGGGAAGGCACAUCUCCCAGUUGGAGAGUUACAAAUUUGUUGCGACGCUAUUCACGAACUUUGAUAAUUCAACUUCCGCUUCAUCUGUUAAUUGUUCAAAUCCCCGGGCCGCCCCUCACUCACCCACUCAACCUCCCACCAUCACCCAACCACAUAUCAUCAGUCCUUCCCACUCCAUAAACAACAAUAGAACAUAUACAAGAAGAAUGACCGACACAGCCAUUCAACCAGACCCGGCCCUAACCCAAUUAAAUGGAGGCACCUCGAACCUAAAAAGCAUGGCGCCCCAUCUCCCCUCCCCACAAGCGCAAUGCACCUCCACACCCUCCACACAACAGCCAACAACAUCUUCCUCUCUCUCAGAAAUUAUCGCCCAAUGCCACCACAAAGUGCACACCUUCCUCGCCGAAUCCCACCCCCCUGAUUCCCUCCUUGCCGCCGUCCAACGCCAAACUCGUAUCUCGCUCGACGUCGCCGCAACAGCUCUCUCCCGCUACAGCCUCCCAGAGCUCGCCCUCUCUUAUAAUGGUGGAAAAGACUGUCUGGUCCUCCUGGUGCUCUUCCUCGCCAGUCUGCACCCGCACCCACCACCCGAAAACGGCGGUCUCAAGUCCAUCCCGGCGAUAUAUGCUCUACCGCCGGACCCCUUCCCCACAGUCGAGGAGUUCGUCCAGUGGUCGUCGAAUGCCUACCAUCUUGAUAUUAUAAAGUACACGACGGAGCCGCCGAAGUCGACGCUCAAGUCGAGUUUUGCGCACUACCUAUCCCUCCACCCGAGUGUGAAGGCGAUUUUCGUCGGCACUCGCCGGACGGAUCCCCAUGGCGCUAAGUUGACUCAUUUCGAUCGGACGGAUAGUGGUUGGCCCGAUUUUGUUCGUGUCCACCCUGUGAUUGACUGGCACUAUGCGGAGAUCUGGGCUUUCAUCCGCCAACUGGGCUUAGAAUACUGCCCUCUCUACGACCAGGGAUACACGAGCCUCGGUGGUCAGACAGAUACUCACCCGAAUCCCAAGCUUCGUGUCGACAUUACGGCGGGAAACGAAGCCACUAAACACUACCGACCAGCAUAUGAGUUGACUGAAGACCUGGAGGAGCGGCUGGGGCGCAAUUAA